AUGGCGGACAGAAGCAGGAGUAGUUUAGACCAGAUUUCAGGAAAUUCUGUCCAGUCUUCCUCCAUUCCAGAUGACACCUUAAACGACAUCAUGAACUUCAAUCUUGACAGUGGAAGUGCACAGUACACAGGCAGUGGAGGGCCGCGCGGGCAGCCUGAUGCUAGCAUGCAUGUUAACCACGAUAAUAUGCAGACAAGGGCCCCGAUGCUGCCGAAUAUCAUGAUUGAGCCGGCAGGAUUUGGUGGGCCGGCGAUAUCCUCCCAGGGCAGGCCUACCGGGGAGCAUACGGGGGGCCAAGGGGAAGCCGGGGCAGACUUCGAGGGCUCUUACCAGAGCGGGCUGCUUUUGCACCCGCUGAGUGCUGCCAGCAACAGUUAUUCUGAUCUUUCGAACACUUCUCCGUACAUGUCAGCCCCGGAGUCUCCAUUUGGGGACGAUGACGAUCUUUCCAGUUUUAUAAACUCUGCACUUGGCGAUGCCCGUGGGAGAAUGCCAGGGGGAAUGCAAACAGUUCAAGAAGGAGAAGUUCAGGAAGGAGAAGUUCAAGGGGGAAUGCAGACAGAAAUGCAGGCACUAAAUCAAGGAGGGUUAAUGGACCCGAUCGAGCAGUUAGCACCGUUAACCGUUGGAAACCUCCAGCAGCAGGAGCAACUACAGAAGCAGCAAAUACAACAGCAACAGCAACAAAUACAGCAACAACUGCACCAGGUGCAACUUCAGCAACUCCAGCUGCACGACUCCACGGCAGAUAGGCUAGUGUUCGGGGCAGCCGAGGCCACCGACCACUCGCUUGGCAACUUCUUGGCCAGCCCGUUUUCCGCUGCCUCGCCAAAGAGCUUUUCCGCAAGCCAAAACGACAGUGACUACCUCCAGUCGCCGUACGCGACCCCGUCUGCCAACAUAGUUGAGAAUCCGGAGGCCGUUGCAGCCAAGACGCCGUCGCUUUUCUCGCAGUCGCCGUCUCGAGCAUCACGACGUGGCCGUCCAGGGCCAGUUAUCCGGAUAGAGAAGGAUGUUUCGGCGGGAGUUUCGGCGGGAGUGUCAGUGGGGGCCCCAGUGGGAGGGCCUAGUGACUCAGCAGAUGCUCCCCCGGGUCCUACCGGGUCCUCCGAGCAGCCUCCGGAUACGUUUCUCUCGAUUCCGGCCGACGAGCCCCACGGCCGACGCCGGGGCAGCGUUUCGUCGAGAUCGCACUCGCGGAGAUCGUCGUCUUCACACACGAGGGGCUCGUCACGGUCGAGAACUUCGUCCCGGGUGAAAAAGCCGGACUCUGGGGCCGGAUCCCGGUCGGGAUCCCGGUCGAGAUCCCGAUCCAGGUCCAGAUCAGCAUCCAUAUCCACCUCCAGGCACUCCAGGCAAGGCUCGGACUACGAAGAGACAGUGGAUGAAAACGGCCACCUCACGUACAAGCUGUCCAGGGAAAGGCUAAGCGACUUGGCAGCCCCUGCAUCAGCAGGAAAAAAGAAGAUGCAGAAAAAUCCAGCGACGUUUGUAUGCAAAGUGUGUGGCAAGAAGUUCACGCGACCGUACAACUUGAAGUCUCACAUGCGUACACACACGAACGAGCGGCCGUACGUGUGCUCGAUAUGUGGGAAGGCGUUUGCCCGGCAGCAUGACCGGAAAAGACACGAGGACUUGCACACGGGAGAGAAGAAGUUCCAGUGCCGGGGAGUUCUUGCAGACGGCAUAACGGUAUGGGGCUGUGGGAAGCGGUUUGCCCGGACAGAUGCCUUGCGACGGCACUUCCAGACCGAGUCGGGCAAGGAGUGCAUCCGGCCAUUGCUCCAGGAGAUGGCGCGGGAGAAGGAGGGGUACCGGGGGCGGGGGUCCGCGGGGCUUCCUGGAUCUACCGGGCGGACCGCUACCCGGGAGAAUAUCCCGGGGCGCGAGGCGAUUCCGGCAGAAGGGACCAUCAGCGGGCAAAUGGCGGGCGCGAAAAUUUUGACCCGGUGGCCAUCGCCAUGGAUAACGCCAGGGCAACCCGGAAGGGCCUGA